UGGCGGCAACAGUCAAACGAGUGGUUGGAUUAUUUUUCUUUUCUUGAAAUAAAACACAUAGUUGUAAAAUAUAUGCAGGAAAUCAUAACAAAAAUCAAUUUAAAGUUAAUUAAACUAGUAAAUAAUGUGUUAAAUUGAACUAGCAAUAUGAAAUUUGUGUAAAAAAAACAUUAAAAAUUCUAUAAUCUUCAAUGUUACUUCAACAAGCUACCCAAUUUACAAAAUGGCGCUGAUACUGAACUAGAAAAAAGUUAAUACGUACGAAAAAUUUUUUCUCUUAGCAAAUUAUCUAAUAAUUAAUUUUGUGGUAUAAUAUUCAUAAACUAUAAUUUAAAUAAAUAGUUUUGUUAUUUAUAAUUUUUGAAAAAAGAGAAAAAUAUUUAAUCUUAUAUGGAAUAUUUGUAAGGAAAAUUUAGCGGAGGCCUACAUUUUAUUUAAUGCAUUUUAUCAUGAAUAAGGAAACUCGUGUGAACGACGGUUCUAAGCAUAGUAGUGGCGAAUCUGACGGUAAUGACGAUACUAAAGAUGACAGCAAUGAAUCUAAUAGUGAUUCAAGCAGUUCCGAUUCUGACAGUGAAUCUGGGAGCACUUCAUCAAGCUCUGACACAGAUUCUAAUUCGAAAAAUGAAACAACUACACCAAAUACUUCGUUUGAACAGCCCAAACUUUUUCAUGAAGGUAAUGAAGAUGUUCAGAACGAAAAUUUUGGAUUAGAACAAUCCAUUAACGAAAGCGUGAAUAAAAAGGUGGAUGAAAUCAAAGAAGUUAAUUUAUCGGUAGAUACAAAUGGCGGUAAUGAUGAGAAUUCUUCUGAAUCGGGUACUUCUUCAUCGAAUGAUUCUUCAAGCAACGGAUCCGAUAAUGAAGAGCUUAAUAAGCAUUCCAACCAUUCAGAUCAUCCUUCAGAAAAUGAAGAGAGCAACAGUGCCAGCAGUUCAAAAUUUUCAAAAAGUAGCUCAAAAUCUUCAAAAAGUGCUAGUGAUGCAGACUAUAAUGAAAAAGACUCUGAAAGUGGUUCUGAUGCCGAUGACGGCUUUGAUUCUGAACUCAAUUCAAGUGAUGAUUCUGAUGAAGAAGAAUAUCAACCUAAACGAUCUUCAAGAAUUACUAGUAAAAAAGCAAUAUCCCAGAAAAAUAAGUCAAAAAAAAAAGUAAACAAAAAAUGGAGAUCGGAUACAAGUGAAAGCGAAAGCGAGGCUAGUGAUAGUAGUAGGUCUGUUAAAAGAAAACCCCCGAGGAAAAAAACUGCGAGGAAGUUGAAAAGUAAAUAUUCCUCCGAUGAAGAAGAUAGUGAUGAAAAAAAAAGGGUUGCAAAUAGGCGAACAGGUCAAAAUAAAGUAAGCUAUAAAGAAGCCAGUGAAGAUGAACCAACCGAUUCAGAAGACUUGGUUGAAAUUGAUAAUACUCAGGAAUAUAAUGCAAAAGAUGAAGAAACUGAUAAAACGGAGACCAUUGAACGUGUUGUUGCCAAGCGUAUUGGAAAGAGAGGUGUUACUGGAGACCAAACGACAAUGUAUUGUAUUGAAGAGCAUGGAGAUCCUAAUGACGGGGUUGAUGAAAAUGAUUCGGAAAAUACAGAAAUCCAAUACCUCAUAAAGUGGAAAAACUGGUCUUAUAUUCAUAAUACAUGGGAAUCUGAAAAAUCACUAAAAGAACAAAAAGCUAAAGGUAUUAAAAAGUUAGAAAACUUUAUAAAACGUGAAGCGGAAUUGGAGCAUUGGAGAAAAUACGCAGGACCAGAAGAUAUUGACUAUUUUGAAUGUCAAAUGGAAUUGCAAAACGAACUAGUGAAAAGUUAUACUAAUAUUGACAGAAUUAUAGCCAAGCAUGAAAAAGAAGAUGGUACAACUGAGUAUUUAUGUAAAUGGGAAUCGUUGCCAUAUGCAGAAGCAACAUGGGAAGAUUCGACUUUAGUGAGCCAAAAAUGGCAAGGUAAAAUAGAUGAAUAUGAAGAAAGAGAAUUAUCAAAGAAAUCACCGUCACGACACUGUAAAGUAUUCUCCAGGCGACCUAAAUUUUCAAAAAUUACUGAGCAACCAAGAGAAAUCUGUGAAGGUUUAGUAUUGAGAGAUUAUCAAAUGGACGGGCUCAACUGGUUAAUACAUGCUUGGUGCAAAGAAAAUUCUGCAAUCUUAGCUGACGAAAUGGGCUUAGGAAAGACUAUUCAAACCAUAUGCUUCCUACAUUAUUUAUAUCAACAACAUAAUUUAUAUGGUCCAUUUUUAUGUGUAGUGCCAUUAAGCACAAUGACGGCGUGGCAACGCGAAUUCCAAAUUUGGGCGCCUGAAAUUAACGUUGUAACUUAUUUAGGAGAUGUACAGUCUAGAGAUUUAAUUCGUCAAUAUGAAUGGUGUUUCAAUGGUACCAAACGUCUCAAAUUUAAUGCUAUUCUGACAACUUACGAAAUUUUACUAAAAGAUAAAACAUUUUUAAAUUGUUUAACCUGGGCUAUGCUAUUGGUGGACGAAGCUCAUAGACUGAAAAAUGAUGAUUCAUUAUUAUAUAGGACUUUAAAAGAAUUUGAAACGAACCAUAGACUGUUGAUUACUGGUACACCAUUACAAAAUUCCCUUAAAGAGUUAUGGGCUUUAUUACAUUUUAUUAUGCCAUUAAAAUUUGAUAGUUGGGAAGAAUUUGAAAAAGAGCAUGGUAACGCUGCAGAGAAAGGUUACGCCAAACUUCAUAAGCAGCUAGAGCCCUUUAUUUUGCGCAGAGUUAAAAAAGAUGUUGAAAAAAGUUUACCAGCUAAAGUAGAGCAAAUAUUAAGAGUAGAAAUGACUUCUCUUCAGAGACAAUAUUACAAGUGGAUUCUUACGAAAAAUUUUAAUGCCCUAAGAAAAGGAAAUAAAGGAUCGACAAGUACCUUUCUGAACAUAAUGAUUGAACUAAAAAAAUGUUGCAAUCAUGCAACAUUAAUUCGACCAAAUGAAGAAGAAAUCAUGCGUAUGCCGCAAGAAGAAAUAAUGCAAUCUUUGCUUAAAGGUUCAGGAAAACUGGUUUUACUUGACAAAUUAUUGUGUAGAUUGCGGGAAACAGGGCAUCGGGUAUUAAUAUUUUCCCAAAUGGUUAGAAUGUUGGAUAUUUUAGCGGAUUAUCUGCAAAAAAGACAUUUUCCUUUCCAAAGGUUGGACGGCAGUAUUAAAGGUGAAAUGAGAAGGCAGGCCUUAGAUCACUUUAAUGCUGAAAAUAGUCAAGACUUCUGUUUUCUUUUAUCAACAAGGGCUGGUGGUUUGGGCAUUAACCUAGCAACUGCGGAUACAGUGAUUAUAUUUGAUUCUGAUUGGAAUCCACAAAAUGACUUGCAAGCUCAGGCUAGGGCUCAUCGAAUUGGCCAAAAAAAUCAAGUAAACAUAUAUCGAUUAGUUACGGCAAAAAGUGUCGAAGAAGAUAUAGUUGAAAGAGCGAAAAAGAAAAUGGUUCUAGAUCAUUUAGUUAUACAGCGAAUGGACACCACUGGAAGAACUGUUUUAGAUAAGACAAGUAGCGCAACAAACUCGAAUCCAUUCAAUAAAGAAGAUUUAUCAGCCAUUUUGAAGUUUGGUGCCGAAGAGUUAUUCAAAGAUGAACAAGAAAAUGACGAUGAUUUAGUUUGUGAUAUAGACGAAAUUUUACGUCGGGCUGAAACUAGAAAUGAGGAGCCAGUACAAGAAAACGAUGAUUUGUUAUCCGCUUUUAAGGUUGCUAGUUUUGCAGCUUUCGAUGAGGAUGAUAAGGAUCCUCCAAGUGCUGCAGAAGCUAUGGAGCUCGACGGCGGAACAAAUGAAGAUACGAAGGAUUGGGAUGAAAUUAUUCCUGAGAAUUUUAGAAAAGUUGUUGAAGAUGCAGAACGUCAUAAGGAAGUAGAGGAUUUGUACUUACCUCCAAGAAGGAAAGCUGCAAAUCAGAAUAAUAUUGAUGAGGUGCCAAAGCCUAAAGGUCGGAAAAGAGCGUCGGAUAACGAAUCUGAGUAUGAGGAAGGUAGUGAUAAUAGCGAUAGCGAUGGUAGGCCUAAACAGCGUGGUAGACCAGCCAAAAAAGAAAAAAUACAAGGCUUUAGUGAUGCUGAAAUAAGAAGAUUUAUUAGAAGUUAUAAAAAAUUUCCUUCUCCUUUAACGCGUCUGGAAGAUAUUGCAGCAGACGCUGAACUUCAAGAAAAACCAUUAGCCGAGCUAAAAAAAAUUGGCGAAAUGCUACAAGAAAGGUGCGUGCAAUUUUUAGAGGAACAAAAAGAGACUCCAGAUACUGUAAAAACACUUAUAAAUAACGAAACAGGUGUAGCAGGAAAAAAACAAAGAGCUAGUAGAACUACUUACUCUUUGAAAUUCGGAGGUGUAUCUUUUAAUGCUAGGACUCUAAUGUCUUGUGUAGAUGAAUUAAAUCCUUUAAGCGAAGUUAUUCCGCAAAAUAAAGAAGAAAGGAAUAGAUGGAUUUUAGAUUUGCAUACUAGACCAGCAAAUUUCGACGUCGAUUGGGGUGCUGAAGAAGAUUCUAAACUUUUAAGUGGAAUUUUCCAAUAUGGCAUGGGUUCAUGGGAAGCAAUAAAAGUCGACGCGUCUUUAAGUUUAGGUGAAAAAAUUCUUUUAGGUGAUAGCAAUAAAAAACCCCAAGCAAAGCAUUUGCAAUCUAGAGCAGAAUACUUACUAAAAAUAAUUAAGAAAAAUGUUGAGCUAAGAAAAGGUAAUUCCAAGCAAAAACGCAUGCGAAAGCAAAGGGAACCCAAAGAUGUGAAAAAGAUAACUGGCGUUGUAGUCAAUGAUACCAAUUUAAUUGCAGAGGAAUCAUGCCAUUCUUUGGGGGAUCAAGAAAAAAAAAGUCGAACAAGGGAUAACAAUAAAAUUAACGAAUCAACGGAGACUCAAGAAAAUUUUGCCGAAAAAAUUAAAAAUAAAGAUUCAAAUACUACUAAAAAAGAUAAAACGAAGAAGUCAAAUAAAGAUAGUUCGAGGGAAAAUAAAAAGCAGAAAAAAAAAGAAAAUAAACCAAUGCACUUUACUGCAAAUAAUGAGCCACGGGCUUUAGAAGUCUUGGGGGAUUUAGAUCCCAGUAUAUUCAAUGAAUGUAAGGAAAAAAUGAGACCCGUUAAAAAAGCUUUAAAAGCUCUAGACAAACCUGAUUCAACAUUGUCAAAUCAGGAACAAGUUAAUCAUAUGCGUGACUGUUUAAUCAGUAUUGGAAAACAAAUUGAUAUUUGCCUGAGAGACUACAGAGAUGCAGAAAAAAUUCGUGAAUGGCGGAGCAAUUUAUGGGAUUUUGUUUCGAAGUUUACUGAAUACGAUGCAAAUAAGUUGUUUAAAUUAUAUAAACACGCAAAAAAAAAACUAGAGGAAAAGAAUUCAGAUGGUAAUAUUUUACCACAAAAGCAAUCAAAAAGUGAUACCAUAGAUAAAAAAAAAAUAUCGCAAAGACGAAAUAAAAAAGAUUGGCACGGUGAAAACAGUGAUAAGGAGAUACGGGAAAAGAAGAAAAAAAGAAAGAGUUUAGAUAAAAGUAAUGCAAUCAAAGACAAAAGGUCGUUAAACACCGGGCCUAAUAGCUCAGAAUUCAAAAGUCGUAAUAAAGAUCCCAAUAGCUUUAAUAGUACUUUUGGUAUCACUUCAGUUAGUCAUAAAAAUAAGUUAAACGAUAUUUCAUUUAAACGUAAACAUGAAGCUAAUGUUUCAGAAACUACUCAAGGAAAAAAAGUAGGAGAAUUCAAACGAUCUCGCAUAGAAGAACAAGAAAAAGACGCUAGAAAGAAAAGAGAUGAUUACUAUAAUGAUCGUCGAAAUAAUAUUAAUGCUCCUGGAAGAUUUUCCACAAAUACCAGUCAAAGGUUACCAUAUGGACCUGGAGAUAAUAGAAAUAACUCAUCUUACAUAGAAAGAGUAAAUGAUGGAUGGGGAUCGGGCAGGGAUAGGCACAACAUUGAAUACUGCAAAAGAUAUGAUAGAUAUGAUAAAUAUCAAGGAAGAAAUCACCAAUCUCAAAAUUACCAUAGAGAUCGUCAUGAUAGACCCGGAAACAAUGACAGAGAUAGAAGAACUGAAAAAAGAAGAUACCCACCCUCAUCGUACGGUAAUUCUGGUCAUUACUUAACUCCAAAUUAUUUUAUGGGAAACGGAGCACCACCUGGAACGUUACCUCCACAUGGUUAUAGAGAUAGUAGAUAUCCAGCAGUACCUACUGACUGGAGUGUUUCGACGAUAUCAGUUUCACCUUUAAUGAGCGGACCUAAUGCAAAUUUAGGUGGUUGUCCUGGUAGUUAUUCCCAAGAUUUUAGAAGAACUACUUCAUCUGCUGAAUAUGAUAGAAGGCAACCACCUACACAUGCAAACUCGUAGCCAUAACAGAAAAAUUAUGCAGCACAAGUAGUGGUCACCAACAAUAUUAGUAACGUAGCUACUAUGUCAUCGUCGUCGUCAACAUCAUUGUCAUCCCAAUUUCAAUC